UUUCAUCGUGAGAUGUUUUUGUUGUUCAUGAGUUGAAUAGUACAAUUAAUAUAUUUCUUAGUUUAUGAAGUCUUUAUUUUGAGGUCGUCUCACCGAGAGAUGGUCUUUCACAAGAGUAGCUCAAAGGUAAAAUCAUUACUUUCCAUCACCAAUAAUUGGUGAAUAGAAUGUGGAUCGGAGAACUCAAACCAAAAUUCCAGCAAUGCAAUCUGUAUUACUCGGACUCGAAAACUCAUAUUCAAAACGAGUACGUGUUAAGUGUUAGAUACAGCUAAUUUAUAAAACAUUUCAAUAAUUUUAGCAUCAAAUGAAGCGUUUUAUUGUCUAAGUGUCGAGAAUCUAACACGGGUACUUAAGGUACAAUCAAAAGUUCAAGUAACAUAGAAAAUAAUUGGUUUCAUCUCUUACUCACCCUCAUUAAUGCAUUCCAAAUUCAGUAUAAAAGAAUGCAACAAAUAGGUAUGAUAUCCUACAAGCUUAACCUUAUUACCUAAUAAACCUUACUAAACCUCACAUACAUUAUAUUACCAUUCAUAUUAUCAAACUCUAUUUCCAGGUAAUUAAGAAAAAUGGAUUUAAAUCUACAAAUUAAUACAAAAUACAAAGAAGAGGAUACAACAGAUGAACCUGUAUCUCCUUCAGGGCAAUACUUCAACAGUAAAACAUUGUCAGUUCGUAUACUUGGGAUCUUGGAAUCUGAAAUCCCCAUUGAUGAUUCUAAUACAUUUCCCUUACUUGAACAACUCUUUCUUCCAAUCAACCCAAGAUUUUCAUCCAUAAUGGUACAUGACAAGAAAGGUGUGAAGCAUUGGAAAAGGGUGGAAGUAAAGCUAGAAGAGCAUGUACAUGUACCCAAAUACCCAAAUGGGUUAUCAAUAGAAGAAUACAAUGACUAUUUUGACAAAUAUCUCACAGAAAUCUCAAUAAAACCACUUCCAAAAGACAAACCAAUGUGGGAAAUCCACUUCUUUAAAUACCCAACAAUAAAAUCAGCUGGUCAAGUGAUCUUCAAAUUUCACCAUGCACUUGGGGAUGGCUUCUCCUUAAUGGGUGCACUUCUUUCAUGUAUGCAAAGAGCAGAUAAUCCUUCCAUACCAUUAACAUUCCCAUCAAUUCAACCAAGCUCAGAAACUAAAAGAAUGGAUGAUGUUGGUUGUGUUCCUAAAACAAUGUCUGCAAUAUAUAAUACAGCUUGUGAUUUUGGGUGGAGUGUUGUGAAGAGUAGUAUGAUUUCUGAUGAUAAAACACCCAUUAGAUCUGGGGUUCAAGGGGUGGAGUUUCAUCCUAUACAAAUAUCUACUGUUGAAUUGUCAUUGGAUCAUGUCAAACAAGUUAAAAAUGCUAUUGGAGCUACAAUAAACGAUGUGAUUACGGGCAUAAUCUUCCUUGGGACUCGACUAUACAUGCAAGCAACAGGCAAAGAAUUCAGCAAUUCCGAAACGACAGCACUUGUACUACUAAACACUCGAAACAUAGAUGGUUAUAAGUCCAUUAAGGAAAUGCUUAAAAAUGAUAGUAAUACUAAAUGGGGAAACCAAUUUGCAUUUUUACAUGUUGGGUUACCUUCUCUUGUUAAUGAUCAAUCUUUCAACCCACUUACAUUCAUCUCUCAAGCGCAGAAAACCAUCAAAAGGAAAAGAAAUUCUUUGGCUGUUUAUUUAACUGGUCAAAGCCUUGAGUUCUUAAGAAAAUGUCGAGGUCCUGAGGCAUCAGCAGAGUUUAUACAUAGUACACUGCAGAAUUCAACAAUGACAGUCUCAAACAUGAUUGGUCCGGUUGAGAAAAUGUCGUUGGCAAAUCAUCCCUGCAAAGGCUUGUAUUUCAUGGUUGUGGGCGUUCCUCAGAGCUUAACAAUAACAAUUAUGAGCUACAUGAGGACAUUGAGGAUUGCUGUGGGUGUUGAAAAGGGUUACAUAGAUGCGCAGAAGUUCAACUCAAGCUUAGAGAAUGCAUUUCAACUUAUAUACAAAGCAGCCAUGAAGAAUAUUUAAAAUAUUCUGCUUAUAAAAUUUAUAAUUCAAUUUAUUUUUAAUCAUAAAUUAGUAUUUUUUUUCAGAUGAAAGAUAGAAAUAUGAAUAUAAAGAAAAUGUUGCUAUAUUUAUCUACAUGUAAAAUUGUUUAGCAUUUAAUAAUUGAAAGGAAUUCAUUGUU